AUGGGGGAAUUCCAAAUUCUUAGCUGGAAUGUUCGAGGUAUGAAUAAGAAGGAUAAACAAAGAUCCCUUAGUGCUUUCUGUAGGCUUAAUAAAAUUGGGUUGGGUGCUUUCCUUGAGACCAAAUUAAGGGGAGCUAAGUUGGAGGAGUCGAUGGGUAGUUAUUUGGAUGGUUGGACCUAUUAUAAAGGGACUAAGAGUGAGGGUAGAAUUUUAUUGAUUUGGAAGAGUAAUCUUUUGACUGUGGAAAUUUUGCAAGAAAGUGACCAAUAUGUUCAUACUUUUAUUAAGGAGUUAGUGUCAGUUAGAGAGUAUUGUGUGACAUUUGUUUAUGGUAGGAACACAAUUCUGGAAAGAGUUCAGUUAUGGCAAGACUUAUCAUGCCUUAGUUUUCCAGCUAAACCUUGGUUAUUGGCAGGGGAUUUUAACUCAGUUUUUGAAGUUGACGACAGACUUAGGGCUCGUCCUGUUUCUUCAGUUGAAUUAAUAGAUGCUCAAAGGUGGAAAACUUUAGGUUUGGCGGAUGAUCUUAGGUCUAUGGGCUCUCAUUAUACUUGGACUAAUAAUCAAAAUGAUGGAGCAAGAAUUUACUCCAAGUUAGACCGCAUUUUUAAGAAUGAAGAAUGGGUAGAUAUGUUUCCUGAUUCGGUAGUUGUUGUUAAUUGGGAUAUAUUUUCUAAUCAUUGUUUCUGUAUCAUUAAGAGUUUGACUGAGGUGAACACUGGAGUUAAGCCGUUUAGAUUCUUUAACAUGUGGGCAGAUCAUGAAGGGUUUAAAACUACUGUUAUGCAAAAUUGGAAUAAACCAGUAGAUGCUCAAGGGCUAGACAGAGUAAUGGUGAAGCUUAGGAGAUUAACACUUGUUCUGAGACAUUUUAAUAAGUAUGUGAUUGGUAAUAUUGAUCACAAGUUUCAGGUCGCAAAAGACAGGUAUAAUCAUGCUCAUUUACAGCUUCAGCAGGAUCCACAUUCUGCUGUGUUUCAAGAUGAGGAACAGAAUGCUUUGGGUAACCUGGUUUAG